AUGGCCUCGUUUGGGGUUGAAAUAGAACUCCUCAUAAAGCCCAAACCCCACAUGCUAGGAGUAGCUGCCCAGCAUGGUUAUGCCGUGGGGAAUAUCCCAAGGAUCAACAUGCUUGCAUUACACAAAACACUUGUUGAGCAGUGCUUGCUUUGGAGGUUGCCAGUUGAGCUAUACAACGAGGACAGUGAUUACAAGGAAAAAUGGCAGGUGGCUGCCGACGCCUCAAUUAUGGCCAAAGAUGGGUUUUUUGGUGUGGAAAUAAUCACCAGCAUACUCUAUACUGAUAAACCGUGGGAGAAUCAGUUAAACCUUUUCUGGUACACGUUGACGGACAGCUUCGAAGUCCGGGGUGACCCGUCCUGCGGAGCCCACAUACAUUUCUCACCUGUAGGGGGGUUCACUUUAGCCCAACUAAAAAAGCUCACUGCAUUCGUCACCGUAUUUCAGCCCGCCAUCACGGCGUUGAUACCAUCCGGCAGGCGUGGCACAGAUUGGUGCCACGCGAACGCAGAAAUCAUUCCGGAACUCAGGGCCAAAUAUAUGGCUGGGCGGCCAGUUCUCCUGGCCUGGAUCGAAGGAUUUUCCGACAAAUCCGAAUUGUGGGAGAACAUUUCUCCCAACAAGACUGUGGCUUGGAACUUCCGAAACGCGCGCGAAGGUGGAUGUGGUACAGUGGAAUUCCGGCAGCCACCCGGUGUCGUGAGCAACGCGGCUACCAAAAGAUGGGUGGCCAUUGCGCUAGCCCUAUUCGCCGCCGGUGUCGAGCCGUGGCUGGCGUACCCCGUUGCUGCUCCGACAGUGGAGGACUUGAAGAUUGUUCUGGAGCAUAGCGCCUCCCGGAUAGGGGUAUCACACCUGCUAUCAUUCGACGGGGCGAGCGAACAGACGAUCCCGAUUAAUACGCUGAGUGCGGAGGAGAGAGAGUACAUCACUCUCCUGAAGGCUCAGAAGCCAAGUAUUUUCGCCGAAAAUCUGGAGCGGCGUGGAGGACGCGGGUCCUCCCCAUGA